GCUAUAUGUAGAAACCCAAAUCCAAAUUGGGUUCCAAAAGUCCAAACCCACGUCGCAAACUUUCCAUCUAUAAAUACCAAUAAUAACACUCACAUUCUCAAUUCCAUAAUCCACUUGGAAAUGAAGUCAAACAUCUUGAUUCCACUUCCAUUCAUCCUGAUCCUGUUUCUCUUCUCAGCCAAUUCCGCUCCCGAUUCCGUCCUCGACACCACCGGAAAAAACCUCCGACCAGGAAUCAACUACCAUGUCAUGCCGGCAGCUAGAGACGGAAAGGGCGGCGGAAUCACACUUACCAACAACACCUGCCCUUCCGGCAUUACCCAAUUCCACACCCACAACUACGAAUUGCCAUUGACUUUCUCUCCAGUCAACCCCAAGAAAGGCAUAAUCCGCCUUUCCACAGACGUCAACAUCAAGUUCAUGGGUCCCACUCCCACCCGUUGCAAUGAGUCAAAUAUAUGGAGGCUGAAAUACGAUGAAUCUAUAAAGCAGUAUUUUGUGAUGGUGGGAGGUGUAGAAGGAAACCCGGGACGCGAAACACUCGAUAACUGGUUUAAGAUCGAGAAAACUGAUGAUGGUUAUAAGUUUGUUUUCUGUCCCACUGUGUGUAACUUCUGUAAGGUGAUUUGCAGAGAUGUGGGAAUAUUUUUAGAUGGUAAUGGAAUGAGACGAUUGGCACUCAGUGAUGUUCCUUUUUCAGUGAUUUUCAUGCAUUAAAAAAUCAUGUAUGAUUCCAUUGUAUUUAACUUUGUGUUCUAUCUUAUUAUUACUAUUUACUCACAUAAAGUUAAUGACAUACGUAUACCCAACA